GGCGAUAUAAAAGAAGCUGCACUUUGGCCAGGUAGACGCAUUUACAGCACGACAAGCUCAUCAAAGCCCACUUUUGGUGUCCUCCAGAUCGAGUGUCAUUCGAUCUCUCUGCAGUGAAGAAAUCAUUCAGUCAGUGUUGUGCCAGUGAAAAUUGACCUGAAACACAUCAAGGCGGAAAUUGAGCUGCAAUUUGUGCACAAGGAAUAGAAUUGCAAGAGAAGAACACACACGAGAGAUGCAUCAACUGCUCCUGCUUCUGCUGGCGCUCGCGGCCGUGCAGGCGACGCCCAUUCCGCAGCUGUGCGACCCCGCCGUGGUGGAGGAGAUGCCGCCGCACAUAAAGAAGGUGUGCGUGGCGCUGGAGAACUCCAACCAGCUCUCCAGCGCCCUCAGCGCCUUCCUGCGCGCCGAGACGUCCGCCCUCAUGUUCCGGCCUGAGGAUCUCGCGUCGCUCACGUCCGCCCAAUUAGGCGGCAAGCGAACGGACGUGGAUCACGUUUUCCUGCGGUUCGGCCGCCGCUAAAUUCCCCGCGGCGCGCCGCGCUUCUUGGUUCGAGGAGAGAGAGAGACAAUUCCCCGAGACAGUCAAUCCCAAUAGUCCCCAAAAGCGCCCCCAUUUCUCUGAGCGGACACAUUUUGCGACUCUUCAGCAGGUCUCCUUUUUUGUACAUAACAUCUGUGCUGCAUCUCUUCCGUUUGUUCGUGCAGGAAUAUUGACUCCUCCAAUGAUAUAAUGUAACAUGUUUAUCGAUAUACAGAA